AUGGACGAUGUGAUAUCAUGCCUUACUGAUAUCCCGAAGCUUGACAAAGGUGACAUGCCACAACAAAAUGAAAAUAGUGGCAUCCUACGACCAAAUGCAGGAAAGGGUUGCCGGUCAUGCCUUGCGUCAAUAGCACAGAAAGGAGAUCUGGACUUUGACACAGUAGCACUUGGACGAUACCAUUACAGCCAGAAACAGAUCAGAGAAUACGGAGAUACCUUACCGCCAACAGCGAAAAAGAAGUAUUUUCAAGAAUGGGGGAUGCAUGAAAAUGAGCCCGCCAUAUUCAAGCUGACUCCGGCCUUGGAUAUAAUCCAGACGAGGCCGGGAGAUCCAUGUCAUUCAGAGUACAACGGUCAGGCAAAGCAGAGCCACAACCUCCUCAUGAGAGCAAUACUCUCAAAACCCGGGAUGAGACGGUAUUUCCAAGAGUUUGUCCAGUUCCCAGCACCAACUGGAUGGAGCACGCGACAAUCCCCCCUCCAUCACCUCCAGUCUUGGUCCCUCUCAGAGGCGGGAAUGGCCUCAGUCCUAACACCCCUUAUCAUGUCUCGUAUGAAGCUCAGCGAAAAUGAUAUUACGCCGAACUUCUUUGCUACAAUGAGGGGCAAGUUCCGGGAAGACACAAAGACCAUGAAACUCACGAUUCCAGAGAUAUUAGUGCAUUGUUUUGCCAUGAUGGCAAAAUCAAACGCCAUCACUUGUGCACGGAGGAUCAGGAUGCAAGGCGCAUCAUUCUCCGGGGUUAACAGCUCUACACUCGGUUGUGCACAUGUGCUUCUGUCGCUGAGCGGAUGA